UGGGUGACGGGAGGGGGAGGGAGCCAGGCAGAGCUGAUCCCACGUGUGACGCUCGCAUUCCCGGCUCAGUAAUAUUCUCUUAGCUCUGACAGUGUGUGUGUUAGUUACUGGCCAUAGUUGGGUUAGCCAUGGAGGGAGACGGGAGCCAAGCCACAUCUGGAAGCCCUAACGAUUCGCAACACGACCCGGGUAAAAUGUUUAUCGGUGGCCUCAGCUGGCAAACUUCACCAGACAGCCUUAGAGACUAUUUUAGUAAAUUCGGAGAAAUCAGAGAAUGUAUGGUGAUGAGAGAUCCCACGACAAAACGCUCCAGGGGAUUUGGCUUUGUUACGUUUGCGGAUGCGGCCAGUGUAGAUAAGGUCCUAGCUCAACCUCACCACGAAUUAGACUCAAAGACGAUUGAUCCUAAAGUUGCCUUUCCAAGACGCGCUCAACCCAAGAUGGUCACAAGAACAAAGAAAAUAUUUGUAGGCGGAUUAUCAGCUAACACAGUAGUUGAAGAUGUGAAGCAGUAUUUUGAACAGUUUGGCAAGGUAGAAGAUGCUAUGCUUAUGUUUGAUAAAACUACAAAUAGACAUAGAGGAUUCGGCUUUGUAACUUUCGAGAACGAGGAUGUGGUGGAAAAGGUCUGCGAGAUUCAUUUUCACGAAAUCAAUAAUAAAAUGGUAGAAUGUAAGAAGGCCCAGCCGAAGGAAGUGAUGUUUCCUCCAGGGACGCGGGGGAGAGCCAGAGGUCUGCCCUACACCAUGGACGCCUUUAUGCUGGGAAUGGGCAUGCUGAGUUAUCCAAACAUUGUAGCAACGUAUGGCCGAGGAUACACUGGUUUCGCCCCAAGCUACAGCUACCAAUUCCCUGGCUUCCCGGCAACAGCGUACGGUCCAGUAGCGGCGGCGGCAGCAGUGGCGGCAGCGCGUGGCUCAGGUAGGGGGGCCUGUGGAAGAGGCGGCUACGCAGCAUACCCUCAGAGCACAGGGCCAGGCUUCCCCGAUUACGGUUUCUAUUCCUCGCCAAGCGACCAACGGGGGCCCCCCUUCUCCUUUGCGGACUAUGGCUCCCUGGGCCCCCAGGCGGCUCAGCUGCUGCAAAGCGAGCAUGCCACAUCAGCCUGCAACUCCCCUCUCCAGCACCUGGCCAGCCCGGAUCAGUAUAAGAGCCCAGGCACCAACCCGCCCCGGCCUGGAGCCUUUCCUGGAGCCAGCAGUCCCGGGCCAGUGGCUGACCUGUACGGCCCCACCAGCCAAGACUCCGGCGUGGGCAACUACAUUAGCGCUGCUAGUCCCCAGCCCGGCUCCGGCUUCGGACACAGCAUUGCUGGUCCUUUGAUUGCGACAGCUUUUACAAAUGGAUACCAUUGAAACCUAACAGGUGGUUGGUUGCCAUCUCAUUUGAGCAGAGUUUAUCAGGAGGCCCGGGGAAGACUGGCCGGAGUUUCUAAUUGGUUCUGUGUACAGGUAAAGGCCAUUAAACUUCAAGCACUACAGCGCUGAACGGGAAUCUAAAGCUGAGAUGGCGCCACACGAAGAACAAACCGAAACGUCAGAAUCAUCUCAGAAAGAAGAAAAAAAACGAAAACAACUAAACAAUCUGCUGUACUAUACUGAAAACCUGGCUUUUGAAUAUUUUAUCCUAGUGUAGCCCUGACCUUGAAUUAGGAUUUAAUUUUAUUUAGUUUCCUUUCUUGUUUUAGCGUUUUAGUCAUCUUUUAUUGUGUACACGUUGAAUCAAUCAACGUUUCUUUGAGUUAAUAGAUGUUCUUCAUUGUUCUUGAAUGUUCUCUGAUGAGAGCGACUAUGUAAACAUAAACCGUCUCUUUUUUUCGUUUGUUUUUUGAGGUAGUAAUAUUCCAAUAGCAGUUUCAUUUCACAGCCCUCGUCUAUCACGUUUUCAGGGUUCAUUUCAUACAAGCAAGAAAGCGGAUUGAAAUGACUCUUGAACGCUUGAAAAGGUGACAUUUUUAAUUCAAGCCUAAACCGCAAUGAGUGGGUAACUCAAAAAAAUCUUAGUAGCUCUGUUCUAUGUUUAUUGUGAUGUCUUGUUAACCAUGAUUACCUAUUUUGGGCAAUAAGAGGACUACAAUAUUUUCACAGUCCUUUUUUAUAAAUGUCAUUUUUGUUGUCGACGAAAACAAAAAGAAAAAAAAAGAAGAAAAAGCUUUCCUUUUAAUACUUUGUGAAAUGAGAUUUAAAAAGAAAAGAUUCUGAAACUGUAUAUAUUAUUCUGUUCACUGCAUCAAAACUGUUUCUGAGAGAGAACCAUAUUUUUGUGACGGUGUCAUAGAGGUUGUAUCGUGCGCAAGCCGAAAUAUGUCAGUGCAAAAAUAUCUUCGAGGCUCAAUGCAGUAACCGAGGUCCAUCUGUAGCACAAAGGCCGUGAUUUACCCCAGUACGGACGAAACUCGAAUCGAACACUGUUAGCUCGCUUUGUAAAUACCGUCGGCUUUACAACUGUGCAGGUGUCAUACCAGCAUACGGAUUAGAUAGUACGUUAAGAUGUGCACAGCUUACAAAGAGAACAUACUUUACAAGGUAUACAGAAAUCAGCAUCGUAACAAAAAAAGAAGAAAUAAUACACAAAAAAAAAAAAAAAUCACGACAAAAUCCAAAGCACACAUGAACUAUGAUUUCAAACCGUGUCGAGACAUUUCAUGUUAACCUUUCGUUUCGCAUUCUAGCGUGAGCUUCUGUUUUUUUCCCGUCGGGUGUCGAUGUCGGAUUAACCAUUCGAAUAACAAAGGCAAUAUUUCAAAAAGUGUUUUUGAAAUUGCUCUACGAUUAGGAAAGAAAACAAGUCUUUUAUACCAUUACCUCAGUCCUGUGAGAAUUACUUUAAAGGAGAUUAAAACAAAUUAAUUUAUUUUAGCCUGAGACAGAUAUUGAAAAAAGAUAUUAAAGUGUUGUUUUGAAAUUAAGUAAAUCAUUGCACUGUGAGAGAGAAUUUAUCAUUUUCUAUUUGCACAUGUGAACUGACAGUCUCUAACGUGGGUCAUGUGAAGGAGGACGCUUACGAAUCUCGAGUCUCGGCUUGCGUCGAUUCGAAGACUGUACUUUGAAAUAAUCUCUCGCCAGGGAUUUUAUUCUAGAAUAUCAGAGAUGACAGAUGAGUUUAUUGGUAGCAAUAGUUCAUUUCCUCAGAAACACUGAAACUGAUUGAAACCAGUAGCUGCUACACACAUUUGUUGUACAUGUGGGGACUGGAUUUGAUGAGACACAAAUGGCAUUUAGAAAUAUGAAUGAUAUUUACAAUAUGAAUUGACUGAUGUAUGCUGUUAUUCGAUCUUGUUGAAAAUGUUUUAUUUUUUUGCUUUUAUUUAAUUUCUGGGUUUGUUUUUAGUUUCCGUUUUUGUUUUGUUCAUUUCACUAAACUCUAACAGGUGAGGCAGAAUGCUGGAUUCUUUCUCAAGAAGGAGAUGUGAUAAAAGUAAUACGAUUUAAAAAAAAAAAAAGAAAAAAGAAAAACAACAAGAACUUUGUGCUAACUGUUUGAGCUGUUUUAAAAAAGACAAACGUACAAAAAAAAGAAAGAAGAUGAUCCCGAACAUGUUUUGAAUUUAAAUAGGGAUGGAUUUUUAUCAAUAUUUUUGUGGAUGUUAAUGAUUAUACUAAAUAUAACAAUGACAAUAAUACAGAUAUUAUGUACUGUAUUUAUCAAUUGUUUCUCUUCAUUCCCUGUCACCUCAUUCAGUAAUCUUAUGUUGAUCAUUGUAUUUUAGUAGUGUGUAAAACAAAAAAACGAGAAAACAACCGAAAAAAAGAAAAAAAAACAGGAAUAUGACUUUACCUUGUAAAAGAGUGCUGUCUUGAUGCCAGUGUAGUGGUCUAUACACUUCUCGGUUGGUAUUUUUCCACAUUUCCCUCCCCCCCCUCACUCUCCUUUUGUCGUUUUGCCCUUUCUCUAUAUCUCACUCUCUCUUUAGUGAGUAGUCGUAGGUGUUAUGUACUUAAUGUUAAGACGUAGAGGUAUUCAUUAGCAAUCGUAGGACCAGUAAGGAUAGAACUUUCUCUUUAUAAUCAUUUAAAGACAAAAGACAAAAAAUGCUGAGCGUUAUUUUCAUAGCAAUUUUUCUUUCUUUCGUUCGUUUUUUUUUCUUCUUCUUUUUUCUCCUUUUUUGUUCCACUGUUUUGCUGGUCUCACAUGGUUUCAACUAACCAAAGCUCUCACUGAUGAAAUCUAGGAGAAAGAAAUUGCUGUAAUCAAGGCAUUAAUUGGAUCCCCACCCUUGAAUGUUUUAAAAGGGGUGUGUGCCAUACUACCUUAAAUGCUAACGCUAGAUAUGCAAAACCGCUUUACUUUGGUUUUUUAAGAGGGACGCAAGCUAUUCCGAAGAGGAUUUUAUUACAUGAAUAAAUAUUUUUUUAGUAAGUUCGAAUCAAUUAACAAUAACGAUAUAGCUUAAUCAUUAUAGAUACGGAUAAAACACUAAUAGGUUUUUGAUAUUUAUACUCUUCAGAAAUCCCACUUUUUUGGAUUUUAUUUUUAUGCCUUUAGUUUCGAGUCAACAUACGAUUGUUUUUGUACUUUUUAAUUACAUUGCCAGCUUUUCAUUUUAAUUCAGCAUCCGCAUUCGAUACCAGACGGCGUCAUUGUCUAAUUAGUGUGAAUCCAGUGUCACUCUGAAUCUGUAUUCCUGAAUCACAUCUGUUCUCAGGGAUAUCAAACAUGAGCCACCUUCGCAAGGGAGAUUUUUAUGCUACUAGCGAGUUACGAUCAGCACAACUCAGUACAUUUGAGCUAAAUUUAACGGUGCUGUCGGGAUGAAACCGUGCACAGCAUUUUCUUACUCGAGACAUCUUUUUAACCGGUAACGCUACGCGGUUAGUUGAGCAUCCAGCGUCCAUUUAGGUCUGAAGGCGAAUGUUUGACCGCAGAUGAAGCACAUUUCCCUUCUGCUGUCAAAUACAAGCGUGGUUCGGUGACUCUCGGUUAAAAUGAAGGCUGGCAACCCUUUUAAACGGCAUUUCCAUUCGCUUACCCUGUUCCCUGAUUUUUCCGUAAUUUGAUCUCGUAGCUUGGACUUUAAGGUAGCAUGGCUCUGUUGCCACCAUUUUGUUUUCCAUGGACAGCAGUUUACAGCGGAUGAAUGUUACACAUCUUGCUAGACUAGUUAAAUCAUUGGAAAAUUGUUGGUUUAAAAAAAAAAAAAAAAGAAAAAGAAAAAAAGACAAUGACCUGGAAGGUGUUGAGUGAUUUUGGGAGUGAACUACCGUAUCCAUUUAAACUUGAAUUUUGCGGCAAGUGUUAGGCAAUGGCCAAAACGAUCAUCCCACUAAUAAAGCAGCAAAGCGUUCUACACUGUAAUGUCUGAUGUACAGUAUACUUGUAUGCAUAUACAAGAUAUAUAUGUAUAGUGUAUAUAUAUCUCUUUGUUAAAUUGUUGAAACUGCCUCAUCAUCGUAGGUGAACUGACGCUAGUCCACACUGUUUGUUUCACUGGCUGUUGAAUCAUGAGUUGUCCAAGAGCUGCAGCAGAUGUGCAAGGAGGCCCGGUAGUAGUUUAGCUGUCGUGUGAACCAGACGAGGACGUGUAGCUCAAUGGGGACGGGUACGGUCAAUAUGGUGUCAUUAGGUCUUAUUUUUGACACUCGGUCUGUCAUUUUUUUCCGGAGGCUUCCUUCGGCCUCGCUGAUUGCCUUGCCCAUUCCUAACACUUGCCCAUUUUUUAACGUUAACGGACUUUUUACCGCGAGAACUGACUGAACGGACUGACGUCUGAAAGCAUCUUUCAGGUCUUCUUGUAUGGCUUGCUCAAGCCCUGUUGUAAAAUAAACUAAAGUGGAUGGGGGUCUCUCACAUCUCAGAUGUGGAAAGUAUAAUUUUAUAUUUGUAUUUUCAAAUAAUAAUGAUAAUAAUAAUAAAAAAUGUUUGUGAAAGGUUUCCAUCCUCUACUGUGGUCCAGAAAUCAAUGUGUUUGUCUGGAAAAGAUAAAAAAAAAUAAAAUACAAAAAAAUACAAAAAAAAUAAAUAAUAAAAUAAAAGAGUUUUGAACCAUUUCACUCAUGGUUUUUAUUUUCAACUUUUUUCAAGCAAUUGAUUUGUGAUUCAAAAGAAAUGAAUAUACCUGCAAAAGAUUGUAUGCCAGAACAUGCACAACGAUUAAAAUGCACAAAGUUGAAUACAGAGCCCAACA